AUGACAUCCACUCAGGAGCCAUUGACGCGACACGCCUGCGAGCCAUGCAGACGCAAAAAGAUGAAAUGUGAUGGCGAGAGACCUACAUGUUCGUAUUGCCUACGUCUGACGCUCCCGUGUUCUUACUUGCCAAGGGCAAAGACCAAGUCACUUACCAAGUCUAAGAGAUCAAAAGCACAUAAGCGAACGGCACAGGAGCACGCUCAAACCACGAGAUCCAACGAGCAUACUGCUACGCAUGAAUGUACCCCCGAUUACCAAUCUAUAUUACCUGCUUCCCUACCACCGCCGCAAGACACCCCUCAACAUGAGCCUGAAACCCGAAAGUUCUCACUGGAAAGGCCCCAGCCAACCCAGGAGGCCCUUGAACACUUCGUCAAAGUCUACGAAACCAACAUACACCUUCAACCUCUACCGCUAUUCAGCCUAGACAGGCUUGAGGAACGACUACUUGAGGGCCCUCAUUUCCUACUCUGGAGCUUUAUGGCUCUCACUCUGAUGUUAUCUACCCAUCCCUUCUACGAUGGUCAACGAACAGUUGCAAGAGACUUCUACACUCGAAAAGCAGAGGAAGUCUUAAGUAUUUUGGCUUCUGAAGGGGAUAUAUCACCAGAAGUCACACAGUCCCUUUGCCUUAUCGCUUUGAAGCAUCUGAACAGUCAACAAGUCACACGAGCCUGGAUGAUUGUUGGUACUGCUGCGCGACUAGAGACUUUACGAGUCCUUUCAUUUGACAACACCCCUUCUUCAACAGAUGACUCGGUGUCUCGAGCUCACUGGAGUGUUUUCAUGCUAGAACGACUUUUUGUUCCUACGAUGCCAGAUGCUUUUGGGCCUGGAGUUCCCGAUUUUCCCAUUAGCCCUCCAAAGCCCCUUGCACCUCAAUCGACACUCUCACCUGCCAUACCAGAGCGCGUACAAGCACAACCCAGAACUAUACUGAGCAGUGACCCCGGUAUCAUUGGUGUUCACUUGCGUCUUGUGUCGAUUUGGGGAAAGCUUCGGUCUUACCUACAUGGUCUACGGCGCGGUGUCACCGAAAAGCCUUGGUCACCAGACUCAGCGCAGACAAAACUUAAUAUCGAGCUGAUAGAGCACGAGGCGCUGAUUGAUUCAAGCUAUUUUCUCUCCAAGGCUCUUCUGCCAAGCCGGACUACAGCAGAAAUAUCUUCACAUCGCGAAUACUGGGAUCCGUUCAUGGCUAGCCAAAUAAUCUGGCAUGCCAUCCACGCCGUGUUAAACCACCCAUUUGUCCACUUGUUCUUGCUCAGAUCCUCUAGGGAUAUUCCGCCAUCGUGCCUCUUCCUUCAACAAAGGAUCGAUAUGGCGUUAUUUCACACUGGAUCCUUAUUUCGGAUUCUUCAAUCGUUUAUGGAUCUAAUGGAUAUAGUUGAUCCGAUGGUGGCAGACUUUGUAGCUGCAGCUGCGACAGUGUCGUGGUUCUUUCAGUUCUCAGCGGAUCCCAGGUUCUCGCGACGGGCUCGUGAAGAAUUAGAUAAAUGCGACGCGUUUCUCAGCCAUGCUGCAGUAACUUGGCCUCACGUCAACCAAAAGCUUGAGACGUUGAGGAAGCUGGAGGCACUGGCCAACGAAAACCGCCGACGGCACUCAGACGAAGGCACAAACAUCAGAUUCCAAUCCGCAUGGGUUUGGGAUCUGUUGAAUCCUAAGAUUCAGUCCACUCAGAUUGGCUCCUCACACUCCGGAUCAGGAACUAGUGGUGCCCCCGAGACAAAUCCAGAUUCUGAGAUGUAUCUCAAAAGCCAUUUUGUCAUGCCUUUGCACGACGACCAGGACUCUGGUCAGGUAAGAGAGCCAGUGGCAUCCGGUCAAGAUGGUAUGGAUUCUUUGUUUACUAUGCCUGGAGAUCUGGAUUUGUUCAAUAUCGAGUUGCUAUCACACGAAUUUUUCGAGAAUGGACUGUGGGAUCAAGGCUACUGA